CAGCUUUCAGAAUGACAGUCUGCAGGAGUGAGCUGAGCGUGUGCGCGGAACCGGGCUCUCCUGCCUUCUGGGCUCCAACACAGCUCCUUGGCUGAACUGGGUGCUCACCGCCACCGGACCGACCGCGGGGCUAUGGAAUACAGAUGUGGCAGUACAGGUAGCCCCACACUGCCUAGAGGACUACAUCAUGGGUUUUGAGAAGAAAUUGUAGAAGCCAGUUUUUUUUUAACAUACACACACGCGCGCGCGCGCGCACACACACACACACACACCACACUGUAAAGAUGCAAAAACGUAAUAUCCAUGAAGAUCCUAUUACCUAGGAAGACUCGGAUGUUUUGCUGCGAAUGCGGUGUUGGGAUUUAUUUGUUCUUGGAGUGUUCUGCAUGGCUGGUAAAGAAUAAUGUUCCAAAAUCGGUCCAUCUCCCAAGGGGUCCAAUUUUUCUUCCUGGGUGUCAGCGAGCCCUGACUCACUACACUGCAGCUGACAGGGGCUGUCAUGCAGGCGGCCCCUAAGCCAAAGCAAAAGACCUAAGGACGGCCUUUGAACAAUACAAAGGAUGGGUUUCAAUGUAAUUAGGCUACUGCGCGGACCAGCUGUAGCGGCAGUUCUGGCCCCCACUGUCUUACUGACAAUGCUUUCUUCUGCUGAACGAGGAUGCCCUAAGGGUUGUAGGUGCGAAGGCAAAAUGGUCUACUGUGAAUCUCAGAAACUGCAGGAGAUCCCUUCAAGCAUAUCAGCCGGUUGCCUGGGCUUAUCCCUUCGCUACAACAGCCUCCAAAAACUUAAGUAUAAUCAGUUCAAAGGGCUCAACCAGCUCACCUGGCUCUACCUUGACCAUAACCAUAUCAGCAAUAUUGACGAGAAUGCUUUCAAUGGGAUACGCAGGCUCAAAGAGUUGAUUCUGAGUUCCAACAGAAUCUCUUAUUUUCUUAACAACACCUUCAGACCUGUGACCAAUUUGCGGAACUUGGAUCUGUCCUAUAAUCAGCUCCAUUCUCUGGGAUCUGAACAGUUCCGGGGCUUGAGGAAGCUGCUGAGUUUACACCUCCGCUCCAACUCCCUGAGAACCAUCCCGGUGCGGAUCUUCCAAGAUUGUCGCAACCUGGAACUUCUGGACCUGGGCUAUAACAGGAUCCGAAGUUUAGCCAGGAAUGUCUUUGCGGGCAUGAUCAGGCUCAAAGAACUUCACCUGGAGCACAAUCAAUUUUCCAAGCUCAACCUGGCGCUUUUCCCAAGGUUGGUAAGCCUUCAGAACUUGUACAUGCAGUGGAAUAAAAUCAGUGUCAUAGGGCAAACCAUGUCCUGGACUUGGAGUUCCCUACAGAGGCUUGACCUAUCGGGGAAUGAGAUCGAAGCCUUCAGUGGACCCAGUGUAUUCCAGUGCGUCCCCAACCUGCAGCGCCUCAACCUGGAUUCCAACAAGCUCACAUUUAUUGGUCAAGAGAUUCUGGAUUCUUGGAUCUCUCUCAAUGACAUCAGUCUUGCCGGGAAUAUAUGGGAAUGCAGCAGGAAUAUCUGUUCCCUGGUAAACUGGCUGAAAAGUUUUAAAGGGCUGAGAGAGAAUACAAUUAUCUGCGCCAGUCCCAAAGAGCUGCAGGGGGUCAACGUGAUCGACGCAGUGAAGAACUACAGUAUCUGUGGCAAAAGCACCACCGAGAGGUUUGACCUAGCCAGGGCGCUCCCCAAGCCCACGUUUAAGCCCAAGCUCCCCAGGCCGAAGCACGAGAGCAAGCCUCCGCUGCCCCCCACGGUGGGAGCUACGGAACCCAGCCCAGAGACAGAUGUGGACACGGAGCACAUCUCCUUCCAUAAAAUUAUCGCGGGCAGUGUUGCCCUUUUCCUGUCGGUGCUGGUCAUUCUCUUGGUGAUGUACGUGUCCUGGAAGCGGUACCCCGCCAGCAUGAAGCAGCUGCAGCAGCGCUCCCUCAUGCGAAGGCACCGGAAGAAGAAACGGCAAUCGCUCAAGCAAAUGACUCCCGGCACCCAGGAAUUUUAUGUAGAUUAUAAACCCACCAACACGGAGACCAGCGAGAUGCUGCUGAACGGAACGGGACCCUGCACCUAUAGCAAGUCAGGCUCCAGGGAAUGUGAGAUACCUUUAUCAAUGAAUGUGUCCACCUUUCUGGCAUACGACCAGCCCACAAUAAGUUACUGUGGGGUCCAUCAUGAACUUCUCUCCCAUAAGUCCUUUGAAACGAACGCACAGGAAGACACGAUGGAAAGCCACCUAGAGACUGAGCUGGACUUGAGCACAAUCACAUCAGCUGGCCGCAUCAGUGACCAUAAACCACAGCUGGCUUGACUGAGCCGAGUGGUCGCCCAGACUUGCUACCAAACUGUAACCUCAACCACAGAAAGAGGAAAUUUUGUUCAUUGCAACUCUCAAAAUCAAAGCAAAACAAAAAGUUCCCUGUUCAAAUAAACAAAAUUCCAAGAUUGGUUCAUGAAAUAAAUGAAGACAUGAAUUGUUUCAAGUCUAUACUUUGUAACUAGCUAAGUUGUGCAGUAUUUUUUUGACUUUGACAGAGAAUGGCCCUGAAAAAAAAAAAACAUUUUUUCCCAAAACUCAUCCUACCUAUGUGUAAAAAUUGUACAGCGCUAAUGUAUUUUUUCAUAUUAUAAAAUUUCAAUUCUAGGAACAACUGGUAUGUACAGUACCAUAAUUUAAUUAUGCUUUACUUUACACCUUUCCGUUUCUAAAAUUUUAAAUUAACAAACAUUA